ACUUGGUUGCUGCUUCCCGGGAGAAUCAUCAUUGGUCCAAACACAGAGCAGCUUCCUCUCUCUCUGCUGGAGUAGAGAGAGAGAGAGAGAGAGAGAGUCAAAUUAUUAUUGCAACUCUGUCCGCUGUGAGACCAGGAGGUGUUUGUGCAGAAAACUAAAUCUGGACUGAGGACAUGGGAGUCACCCAUGGAAAGAAGAAAGAUUCUUCAGAGACACGCCUGAAUGGGUCUGCACCAGUAAAGCAGACAGACCAAACUGAACAGCAACAGACCGAUGCAGAGCGAUGCAGUGAGCUUCAGGCUCCUCCGUGCCAACUACAGAGUGAGGAGGAGAGCAGUCGACUCAUCAGACCACAAAAAUCUCUCAAUCCUUUAACGGCUUCCAAGAGCCACCGGGAGCUCCACAAAGAACUGAGGAUGACCCACAAGAGGAGAGUGUCUCAAGAAGGAAAGUCUGAACUCCAGCGGGCGUUAGAGAAGAGGAGAUGGGAACAAGGGAUGAAGGCGAGCAGGGAUCAGGAAGAGGCCAAGAUGAACAGAUCACCACUUCAUCAGGAACUGCAGAAGAGACAUCAGAGGCUAGAAAAGAAGAUUGACAUUGGUGGUGUAUGGAGUGUAUGGUGGAGCAUCAUGUUGUUCUGCAGUCAGCCAGCGGAGGGCAGCGUAGACACUCUGCACAGGUCCAGUCUGGGCUCCCCUGGAGAGCGACACAGGACAACAGCAGCGAGAGGGGCCAGAGUUCAUCCGAGUCAAAGAGAGUCUGAGAAGGACAGCAGCGUUGGAGGAAAACAAGUGAGACAGUUCUGAUUUGUGAUUGUUUAGUGUCGACAGUCAGCACAGAGGACCGUUUGGGAACAAGGGACAAGUGGGUGGAGAGACUGAUCUUCACUAUAAACCUGUACAGCAAAUAGCUAAUACUAAUGCUCAGCAUUCAGGAUGAACACAACAAUCAGAUGAGGCGGUGCAGUAAGACAAAAUCAAGUAAGCAAAUUGUCCCAGUGAUUAACAGAGGACAGGUUCUAGAGAAGCAGCGUUCAGUUCUUCUGUUAGUAGAGAUUAGGCUUGAGUUGGUUAAGAUAGACUGCUGGAUCAUGUAGACAGUGAUGACAGCUGAAAACUGGAUGUGUCAGCGGCUGUAGUAUCGUUUCUCACUCUAUUCUCCCAACAAUGCAAACAGAAUUAAUAUGUGUGACUAUUUUGUAACAUCUUUUUUAUGUGUCUGUAGUGACAUAUUUUGUUUCUAUGAUACUCGACAAGACGCACAUUUUGCUAUGCUGUCCGUAUAAUAAGGAGCGACAAAGUUUCACUGCACAAUUUUAUAAUGUCUGUUUUAUGAUGUUUGGAAGUGUAGCAUCGUCAGUAUACUAUAGUCAAAAAUCUGGUAUUUGUCUGGCAAUGUGACUGAUGUCCACACUGAGAAUUAAUAUCAUACUGAGAUGACUAUUAAGAUUGAGUCUUUUGUGUGUCCUUCAAUAAUAUUCACAUUAAUAAAAGAUAUUCAAUAAC